AUGGAGCGAAUUUAUGAUGCCACGAGGUGCCCGGACGAAAAUCGCUUGGCGUUCACUGAGUAUUUACUGACUGGUGAGGCCAGCCACUGGUGGACGAGCGUGAAGGCUAUUUUGGCGGACGCUCACAGUCCCAUCUCUUGGGCAGUUUUCAGAAGUAAAUUCUAUGAAGAAUACUUCCCAGACAACGUUCGUUACGCCAAGGAAGUUGAGUUCCUUCAAUUGGUACAAGGUGGGAAGUCUGUGUCGGAGUAUACCAACACGUUCAAGCAUUUGUUGAGGUUCAAUACUAUGGCCACCAGUGAAGAGUGGCAGUGCCGGAAAUUUGAGAAUGGAUUAAGGAGUGAUCUGAAAGUGCUGAUAUCCAGCCUUUGUAUUAAGUCAUUCCCUUCAAUGGUCGAGAGGGCCAAGGUGUUAGAGAAGAAUGUGGCUGAAGUAGAACAACAGAAGAAACAACAAGCAGCCAGGGGACCGAUUCUAUCAAGAACAAAUCUGAAUCGGAAUAGGACGUCGUACGCUCGACCAACACAGUCAAGUGGGUCUCAGGCGAUGGUUGUUGCUGGACAGUCUGGACAGCAAGGGGCGGUCAGAUGUUUUCAGUGUGGAGGACCCCAUUUCAAGUCAGUCUGCCCUCAGUUGGAUGGCAGCUCUCGGCUUUGUAUUGACUACCGUCAGUUAAAUAAGCUGACCAUCAAGAACAAGUAUCUGUUACCUCGGAUUGACGAUCUACUGGAUCAGCUACACGGAGCGAUCGUAUUUUCCAAGAUUGAUUUACGAUCGGGAUAUCACCAGAUUCGGGUAAAGGAAGAAGACAUCCAGAAGACUGCAUUUAGAUCUCGUUACGGACACUACGAGUAUGUAGUGAUGCCGUUCGGUGUGACGAACGCACCGGCAAUCUUCAUGGAUUACAUGAAUCGUAUCUUCAGGCAAUAUCUGGACAAGUUCGUAGUGGUGUUCAUUGAUGACAUCCUCAUCUACUCCAAGAGCCAUGAAGAACAUGAGGAACACUUGAGGGUUGUACUUGGCGUCUUGAAGGAAAAGGAACUGUACGCCAAGUUAUCAAAGUGUGAAUUUUGGAUGAAGAGCAUACAGUUCUUGGGGCACAUUGUGUCGGCUGAAGGGAUCUCUGUAGACCCGGCAAAAGUACGAGCAGUUUUGGAAUGGGAAAGUCCGCGUUCGAUCACGGAAGUCCGCAGUUUUGUUGGUCUUGCGGGCUACUAUAGGCGCUUUAUCGAAUCGAAGGAUUUUCUAAGAUAG